GCCCUCUGUAGCUCCUGGAGUCCUAGGAUUGGAAGGGGAAACACACAUUCCAGGACCAAUUUCCUGAAGCUCCAGGCCAUCCAACUGUUCUGUGGAGAGGAGCAGGGGAAUCAGAGAAAACCAGUAUGGAGCAAGGGCUGGAGGUGGCCGUCACAGACCUCCAGAGCUCCCGAAACAAUGUGCAGCACCACACAGAAGAGAUCAGCUUGGAGCGCCUCCUUGUCCGCAGAGGCCAGGCCUUCAGCAUCACCCUGUACUUCAGGAACCGGAGCUUCCAGCCUGGCCUGGACAGCAUAAUCUUUGUGGUAGAGACUGGACCACUGCCAGACAUGGCCAAGGGGACGCAGGCCAUGUUCAGCUUGGCUGGUCAUGGUGGUCCUUGGAUUGCUUCUGUGGUGAACAACACAGCCAUGUCCCUGGAGGUAAACUUGUGCGCCCCUCCCAUGGCAGCUGUGGGUCGGUAUCUCUUGAAGGUUCGAAUUAACUCCUUUCAGGGGUUCACCACAGCCUACCAGCUUGGGGAGUUCAUCCUGCUCUUCAACCCCUGGUGCCCAGGGGAUACUGUCUAUUUGGACAGUGAGCCCCAGAGGCACGAGUAUGUGGUGAAUGAUUAUGGCUUCAUCUACCAAGGCAACAAGAACUGGAUUCUCCCAUGCCCCUGGAACUACGGGCAGUUUGAAGAGAACAUCGUAGACAUCUGCCUGGAGCUGCUAGACAAGAGCCUGAACUUCCAGGUCGACCCAGCCAUUGACUGUGCCCUGCGGGGAAGCCCCGUCUACAUCAGCAGAGUGGUGUGCGCCAUGAUCAACAGCAAUGAUGAUAACGGGGUGCUCAAUGGCAACUGGAGUGAGAACUACUCAGAUGGCACCAACCCUGCAGAGUGGACAGGCAGUGUGGCCAUCCUGAAGCAGUGGCACGCCUCAGGAUGCCAGCCAGUGAGAUACGGGCAGUGCUGGGUUUUUGCGGCUGUCAUGUGCACAGUGAUGAGAUGCCUGGGGAUCCCCACACGUGUGAUCACUAACUUCGACUCUGGCCAUGACACUGAUGGAAACCUGAUCAUAGACGAGUAUUAUGACCACACGGGCAGAAUUUUGGAGAAUAAGAAGAAGGACAGCAUCUGGAAUUUCCACGUCUGGAACGAGUGUUGGAUGGCUCGCAAGGACCUCCCCGCCGGCUAUGGAGGCUGGCAGGUGGUGGAUGCCACUCCUCAGGAGACAAGCAAUGGCCUCUACUGCUGCGGCCCUGCCUCGAUCAAGGCCAUCAAGGAGGGCGAGGUGGAUCUCAAGUACGACACACCCUUCGCCUUUUCCAUGGUGAAUGCCGACUGCAUGUCCUGGCUGGUCUCUGGAGGGAAGGAACAGAAGCUUUACCGGGAUACCAGCUCUGUCGGCAAAUUUAUCAGCACCAAGAGCAUCCAGAGUGAUGAGCGGGAUGAUAUCACAGAGAACUACAAGUAUGGAGAAGGUUCUCCCCAGGAGAGACAGGUGUUUCUGAAGGCUCUUCAGAAGCUAAAGGCCAGAAGCUCCCCAGGCUCCCAUCCAGCAUACCUACAACCCCCCAGGCCCACGCCACGGAGCGCCAGCAGCCACCGGAGCCUGGAGGCACCACCACCCUUUCAGCCCAGUGAAGUUGUCCAGGUGUCCCUGAAAUUCCAGCUGCUCAACCCACCCAACAUGGGCCAGGACAUCAGAUUUGCCCUGCUGGCUCUCAACAUGUCACCCCAGUUCAAGGACCUCAAAGUGAACCUGAGUGCUCAGUCCCUGCUGCAUGAUGGCAGCCCCCUACCCCCAUUCUGGCAGGACACGGCCUUCAUCACGCUCUACCCCCAAGAAGCAAAGACCCACCUCUGUGAAAUCCCCUACCGUCAGUACAGCCAAUACCUGUCCACGGACAAGCUGAUCCGAAUCAGUGCCCUGGGUGAAGAGCAGAGCAGUCCUGAGAAGAUCCUGGUGAGCGAGAUUAUCACCUUAGCCUACCCUGCCAUCAUGAUUAAGGUUCUAGGAGCAGCCAUUGUGAACCAGCCACUCUCAAUACAGGUGAUAUUUUCAAACCCCUUGUCAGAGCAGGUUGCUGACUGUGAACUAACUGUGGAAGGGAGCGGGAUCUUCAAGAAACAACAGAGAAUCCUCUUUGGAGUCCUCAGGCCCCAGCACAGAGGCAGCAUCACUCUGGAAACUAUUCCCUUCAAGAGUGGCCAAAGACAGAUUCAAGCCAAUCUGAAGAGUGACAAGUUUAAGGACAUCAAGGGCUACAAGAUUGUCUAUGUAGACACUGGGUUAUAAAUUCUGGGGCAAUCAAGUCCAGCAGAAAAGCAAUUACAGAAGCCAGAACUCCCACCCUCUGCACCCCAAAAAUAGUCUUGAUCCAUACUCCCAGUGGGGGAUAAGUGAUAGGAGGAAGAGGAUAAGAGGGCUCUCAACUCCAGCUCCAUCAGGUCCCUGAGAGAGAGGACAAACAGGGGAGAGAUAUUUGAAUGAAGUAAUAGGGUCAUGUGUGGCUUAGAAAGGAAGAGAGGACUAGGCCUGGGAGAAAAAGGGGGCAAUUAUGUACAAAUGUAGACAGAUAGCUGUGGAGAUGAUGGUUAACCCAUGUCUGCAACCUUGGGAGAACCAUGGUGGCUUGCAAUGGAGGGAUCAGAGAUUCAGAACUCUGGUGGUGGGGACAGUUUGGAAUUAUACCCCUGUUGACAUGUAAGUUUGUAAAUUAAUAUUGAAUCACUAAUAUAAAUAAAUAAAUACAUUCUGGGGCAAAGAGCUGGAUAUGUUGAUGACCCACAUCAGGACAAAGAAUAAGUUCAAAUGCAAGCAUGCCUUUCCUUCCCCACCACUUCAGAGGCUUUGCAGGGAUAUGGGGAAGAUGGACAGUCCCCUGGGCCAUGUGCACAGCUUCUAAGGCUCUGGUCUAGGCCCAGGACUUCCAGGUGUCCCCUCCAGGUGUGUAAGGUUGCACAGAGGUCUGAGGACGCUGGUUGGACACCAUCAUGACUUACUGCCCCACCCUCUGCCCUCCUCAGAAAUUAAGAAAAAAAAAAUGCUGGGGCUGGGUGGUGGCACACCUGGUUGAGCACACAUAUUACAAU